UGGACUCCCCCAACCCCCAACCUCCUUGCAAGGACAACACAAUUAGACGGCGGACACAUACAGUUUUUUUUCCCCAUUCCGUGCCCGCCAGUUAUCCAGGCUCCAGCCCAGUAGUGACUCGAUAGCAGGAUGCUCCGGCGAAGACUUGCAGAUUAAAAUGUCUGGCUGAUUUACACUUCCAGCCAAAGAUGAACAAUUUGGAGCACGUCAAGCACUUUUACCCCGAAAACUACAAAUUGGAUCUGUCCGAGACGAUGAAGGCAGCUCUGUCCAAGGGACCCGGCGGCGGAGGCGGCAUGCCAGGCGGAGAUUUGCUUCCGCAGCCAAAUGCCGGGGUGCCGGGGGUGGGCUAUGUAACGGAGAAGCUCUACAUGCUGCUGCAGCUAUACUUGCAAAACAAGGGCUGGAAUCCGAGUGCGGAACUGCUGCAGUGCUUCAGCGAUCUCAAGGAUAAUGCCAUGUUACCCAGCGCCGCCUAUUUGCAAGUUCUAGCUAACCGUCUCACCUUAGACUCCCAGGGACGCCUUAUCCUGCGGGAUAACGGAAAGAUAGUUCUACCCUUUGAGCACUUUGCGAAUGCGGUGAUGCUGAAGCACAUGUCCGGACCCCAUGGCCUUCACCUGAGUGUGGAUGCCACGGUAAGGGCUGUCAUUGAGUCGUACACCAUUGGGCGAGAUCAGUUCGGAAUGGAGAAGGAAUUCAUCAUCGAGGUGGUGCAGUCGUGCCCGAGUCCCGCUUGUCGUUAUUACAAGAACCAUAUGGGCAUCUCACCUAUGCCGUUUAUGGAACAACAGUAUCCAGGAGUAAACACCCCCGAAUUUCUGCAGCGUCUAUCCCACCUGCCUCCCAGCGGAGCUCCUGGAGCCAGCUCGGCCGCUGGUUCGGCAUCCAGUGUAGGGAGCAGUGCUAGUUCAGGGAACGUGGAGAUUGAUUUAUCCAAGUCGACAGGUGGAAAGGUUCCUCAGGUGCCGGUGCCACCCCAGCUACAGCAUCUCACCAAGCAGCAGCAGAACAGCAUUCAGACGCAGCUAUCCCAGAUCAGUGCUGCUGCAGUGCAUCACCAACAACAGCAACAGCAGCAGCAGCAACAACAACAACAACAGCAGCAACAGCAACAGGCUCAGGCGCAAGCGAAGCACCAGCAGCAACUGACUGCUGCGCUGAUCCAGCAACAAAACCGCGUCCUUGCCCAACAAAGUCUCGAGAAGCUGAGCAAUCUGAGCCCCCUGGAGAAGCAACGUGUCUUCGCUCAGCUGGACCCCAAGCAUUUUGAUCCAAUGGCCGUGGCAGCUGCUGCAGCAAAUCUCCAAAUUCAGGGCCUCAUGCAGUCGCAAGCAGUAGCUGCCGCCGUGGCCGCCAACCAGCCCACGUCCUCACUGUCUGCCACCAGUUCAUCUACGGCAAGUGGGUCCGGAGUUGGUGGCGGGUCGCAGGCCCAUCAUGGCCACCAUCCUUUGCCGCCGCCAUCCCAGUCGCCGCACUCGUCGUCCUCGUCUUCCUCGCACUCCUCUCUGGAGCAGAUCACCCAUAAGAACGUGGCGGAAUCUUUGCGUUCCAAUUUGGACUCAAUUGAGUCCAACAAGGAUCUUCUGGCGUUGCAUAAUGGGGCUUGGGCCACCAGCGAUGCCAAUCGUGUGGACCACAUGGCCGUGGGCCAGGACAAGAUAGUGAGGAUCUUUGCGGAGCUAAUGCGGAACAUGUCGCGGAUGAAAACCUACAUACGACCCUCGAUGUGCAAGCCCUAUGGCAAGCAGAGCGAGAGUCUGCAAAAGACCCUCAUGGACACCAUUCAAAUCGUGCAGACGCUGCGGAACUGCCUGCCGGCUCCUCAUAUUCCUGUCUCCUCCUGGAAGAGCGAAAGCGAGGGCAACGUGGGCGCUGGAGUCGGAGUGGGCGUUGGCGUGGGUGUUCCUCCGGGACUCAACCUAAGUGCGGCUUUGGGUCUGCCGCCGGGCAGAGUGGACAACAUGCAUUAGGCGGUAGUCUGACGGUUACCUAUUGAUAUCCCUUGAAUAACCUUCCUCCAGAGCAGUUUGAGGGCCCUUAGUAUUUACACUAAUACAUAUAUACAUAUUUAAAGGAUAAGGACAGUAGUUCACCCCAGUAGACUUGGCUCAAGAUUUCCUUUUAUCAAUUAUGUGCCAUGUUCAACGCAAGACUUGAUUUCAUUUUCACAUUUGACUGACACUUAGGUACAUAUUAAAAAGGAAUCGGGACGAGGUGGAUCCUGAUUUUGAUUUCGUCUUCA